CUGUCUGCAGCCCCUCCUCUGACAGCUGAUGUAACUUCUGUCUUUGUACGUCAGUUUGUGGUUUAACGGACUCAAAGUGAAAAAAGCGGCAAACUGUGAGACGCAGCUAAGACGAACAGACGCAUAACGAUGGACAACCUCUUCAGUGUGAACGUGACCUCCAUGGAUGACAUCAUCACAACAAUGAUCACAGAGGAUUCAUCCUACUUCGGCCCCUCGACUACCCCUGACGACUACGACAACUAUGACUAUGGAGACAGCUUCCUGUGUGACCGGCAGUCGGUGCGGGAAUUCAGGAGUCACUAUGAGCCACCACUCUUCUGGCUAAUUUCCCUGGUGGGCGGAGCCGGGAACCUGGCCGUGGUGUGGAUCUACCUGAACUACAGGCGCCGGCUGAAGACGAUGACUGACGUGUAUCUGCUGAACCUGGCAGUGGCUGACCUGCUGUUCCUGGUCACGCUGCCUCUGUGGGCGGCCGAGGCAUCGCACAGCUGGAUCUUCGGCACCCCCCUCUGCAAAAUAAACUCCGCCCUCUACAAGGUGAACCUGUUUAGCAGCAUGCUGCUGCUCACCUGCAUCAGUGUUGACCGCUACAUUGCCAUCGUGCAGACCACCAAGGCGCACAACUCGCAGAUGGAGCGCCUCCGCUGCAGCCGGAUAGUGUGCACAGGGGUGUGGCUGCUGGCACUGCUGCUCGCCACGCCCGAGUUGGUGUUCGCUGAGCCCGCCAAGGUGGAAUCGCAGGAAUACUGCCGGAUGGUGUUCCCGGCUCAACUGGGAAACAACACCAAAAUCCUGGUGCUGUCACUGCAGGUGAGCAUGGGCUUCUGCCUGCCCUUCAUCGUCAUGGCAUUCUGCUACAGUGUCAUUGUGACCACGCUGCUCAAGACCCAGGGCUUCCAGAAGCACAAGGCCAUGCGUGUCAUCCUGGCAGUGGUGGUAGCAUUCGUUGUGUCACAACUGCCCUACAACAGCGUGCUGGUGAUGGAGGCGGUGCAAGCAACCAACAUCACCAUAAAGAACUGCGAUCACCUGAAGGCCUUUGACAAGGCGGGACAGGUGCUGAAGAGUCUGGCCUACGUGCACGCCUGCCUCAACCCCUUCCUCUACGUCUUCGUGGGCACGCGCUUUCGCCGUGACGUGCUGCAUAUGCUGCGCUGCUGCCGCUGUGUGCCGCCAAUGACCAAGAUUCAGUUAUCCAGCAAGUCCAGCAGGAGCCCGCUGAGCUCCACCCGAGCCUCGGUGAUGUCUGACAGUGAAACCUCACAGGCGCUGUCGCUGUAGAAACCGUCACCAUGCAACUUCCUGUUUGUGCCGCUGCAGCUGCCACAGAAGACCGGUGCAACGCUGCAAAUGUAGAAAAAGCUGGCGUUUUUCAGAAGCUUUUAUUCAACCCGUGUGCUGCUUCACCCCAACAUUCACCCACACAGACAGUCCAAGUCAGAGCCCGCUCAUCUGAGAAGUACCGUCACCUCAUCAGUCAGUAACAUUGACAUAGUCAAAGGGCAUGAAGGCUGGUGGUCCCUGAUGUUUAAGGUUUUUAAGAUUUGGGGGGAUUAUUAGUCAAAACAGAAUGAUUUGAAAAACCUUCAUGAGAAUGUAUCACCUCCAUAUUUUUUUUUUGUGGACUCUUCCAGUAAUUUCUCAGGACUUUUCAGGACUUGCUUGUACAGUACCACAAAAUGUGACUUUUCAGCUGCUGUUUUUGGAGACGGGUUUUCCUUUUAAAGUGUGUUUUUUGUUAUGUUGAAGUAAAAACUGAGCCACAACUGUAAAAUAACUGAUGCUGUAUGUAGUCCUAUAUGGGGUCUAGUGGUGUGUUUGUGUUUGUGUGUGUGUGUGUGUGUGUGUGUGUGUGCGUGUGUGAGUGCGUGCGUGCGUGCAUGUGCGUCACACUGAUGUAAAUUGUUUUUUUUUUUCUGAGUUAAAAUAAACCAUGAGUGACAAAAA